UCGAAGGCCAAAAUAUCAGUGGUUUUCCCUGCUUCAAGUAUGAUAACCAGGACGACACUUACUCGAGCUCCUUUCGUUCCCAUCCAAAACCCUAAAUCCAAUCCCUUUACUUCAAUCCAUUUCCCUAAAAGACCCAAUUUCUCAACCCUUCCUUUUCACCGAUCCUUUUUACAUUCUUCUUCACUCAAUUUCACACCCACAAAUCAAAGCCGUUACUGCAUUAGCCCCAGCCAGGAACUGAACUAUGAAAGCAAUGAAGAUUUGAUCGAAGAAAACAAUGAAGAAGAACAAGAAGAGGAAAUAAGCCGGAAAAUUAAGGCAGAGGAAUUAGCAAACCAGAGCAUAUGGAAUCAGAUGAAAGAGAUUGUGAUGUUCACUGGUCCAGCUACUGGACUUUGGCUUUGUGGGCCUUUGAUGAGUCUUAUCGAUACUGCGGUUAUUGGUCAGGGAAGCUCGGUCGAGCUCGCCGCUUUAGGUCCUGCAACGGUUGUUUGUGAUUAUAUAGGCUAUGUUUUUAUGUUCCUUUCAAUUGCUACUUCCAAUAUGGUGGCCACUUCGCUUGCUAGACGGGGUAAGGAUGAAGUUCAGCAUCAGAUAUCUAUCAUGCUUUUUAUUGGGUUGUGUUGUGGCUUAUUGAUGCUUUUCUUGACAAUGUUCUUUGGUUCGUGGGCGUUGGAAGCUUUUUCUGGGCCAAACAAUGCACAUCUUGUUCCUGCUGGAAACACUUAUGUUCAGAUUAGAGGUUUAGCAUGGCCAGCAAUUCUAGUUGGAUGGGUGGCGCAAAGUGCCAGCCUUGGCAUGAAAGAUUCCUGGGGACCAUUGAAAGCUUUGGCUGUUUCCAGUGCCAUAAAUGGCAUUGGUGAUGUUGUUCUCUGCAUAUUUCUAGGCUAUGGUAUUGCUGGGGCAGCAUGGGCAACAAUGGUUUCACAGGUUGUUGCAGCUUAUAUGAUGAUUGAAGCUCUAAACAAGAAAGGAUAUGAUGCAUUUUCCAUCUCCGUUCCAUCAUUUAAUGAGCUGCUGAGUAUUCUAGCUAUUGCUGGUCCAGUAUUUGUAACUUUGAUGUCAAAGAUAGUUUUCUACUCUCUCCUUAUAUAUUUCGCCACAUCCAUGGGAACACACACUGUUGCUGCUCAUCAGGUCAUGCUUCAAAUAUGUGGCAUGUGCACUGUUUGGGGUGAGCCUCUAUCUCAAACCUCACAGUCAUUUAUGCCCGGGUUAUAUGGAGUCAAUCGAAAUCUGCCAAAGGCUAGAAUGCUGCUAAAAUCGCUUGUCACUAUUGGCGCUUCACUUGGACUGGUAUUAGGGAUUAUUGGGACGGCAGUUCCUUGGUUUUUGCCCAAUAUAUUUACACAUGAUAUAAAGGUCAUAGAAGAGAUGCACAAGGUGCUGUUGCCGUACUUUCUUGCAUUAGCUAUCACCCCAAGCACUCACAGCCUUGAAGGCACUUUGCUGGCUGGACGAGAACUUAGAUAUUUUAGCUUCUCAAUGUGUGGAUGUGUUGCUUUCGGAGUGCUUAUAGCGCAGCUUUUGAGUGCUGGAAAGUUUGGCUUGGCAGGCUGCUGGUUUGCUCUCGUGGGGUUUCAGUGGGCUCGAUUCUCUCUCGCCCUUCAACGUCUUCUUUCUCCAAACGGCAUACUCUACUCCGAAGAUGUGGCUCGAUUUGAAGCGAAGAAGAUGAGAUCAUCUUAGUUUCGGAAACCAUGGACUGCGUACGCCAUUUACUGCAAUCACAUGCCAUACAUAUUUCUCCGUAUAUCAUUGAUCUGCUGCUAGCAAAUAUUCCUU